GCAGCUUUCAGACCAGAAAGGGGCGUGCACUAUUGGAGAGGCUCACAAACUCACUUCGGUGGCAGUUCCGGGUUUUACAAAUCACUUCACUGGUCGCGGUUAUUGUCAGAGAUAUUGUGUGUAGUGUUCACGAUGGCUCUUCUUAUGGAGCACCAAUUUAAACAGCUUCCAGCCGAUAAACAAGUGGAAACUAGAUCAUUCUUGGAGUCGGUGUCGUAUCUUCCGCCAUUCUUUGACUGCCUUGGCUCUACUGUUUUUGCUCCAAUUAAAGCAGACAUUGUAGGGAACAUCACAACAAUCAAAGCAGUUUUCGACAGCAACCCUAGCAGGUUCAAGACCCUCCAAAAAAUCCUGGAGGCAGAGAAGGAGCUGCAUGGAGCAGACUGGCCCAAAGUGGGAGCCACCCUGGCACUUAUGUGGCUAAAGAGGGGACUCCGAUUCAUCCAGGUCCUGCUACAGAGUCUGGUGGAUGGGGAGAAGGAUGAAAACAACCCCGACCUCAUCCGUGUAAAUUGCACCAAAGCUUAUGAGUUGGCCCUGAAGAAGUACCAUGGCUGGCUGGUGCAGAAGCUCUUCAAGGCAGCCGUGUUCGCAGCUCCCUACAAGGCAGAUUUCCUGAAGGCGCUGUCCAAGGGGCGGAAGGUCAAGGAAGAGGACUGCCUGGACAAAAUCCGACAGUUUCUAGUCAACUUUGCUGCUGCUAAUGAUGCCAUCUAUGAGAUGUACACCAAGAUGAAUGCCGAGCUAGAGUACACCGUGUGACCACGCAAGCUAACCAAUGAUCUGCCCCUCCCAUUGGGACAAUUACAAGCAGUGAGAGUUGCUAUGCUUUCCUACAGGUUUGUGUGUGUGGGUGUCUGUGUGUGUUAGAUCCGGUGUUGUGUCACACAUCCAGUCUGUGCUCUUUCUAAGAUCUCCUUUGAGUGCAUUUGCUUGCUGCUCUUAAUUUCUCUGUCAACUGUUUUGUGGCUUAUUUUCAAAGCCUCAAACUUUCUUACAGGGAAUAGCUUUCAAUAUGACCCGAGUCUUUACCUGGCGAUUUGUGUUUGAUUGUUAUCAGGUUCACUAGGCACAAAAUGAAAGAAAACGUACUGAAAUGGGGAGGAACUACCUGGACUUGUCCAAUAAGAAAUGAUCAUUUUUGUUUUCCAUUGCAAACCGUUUUAAACCAUUUGCCAUUUCUUGCCCCAAUGAACAUGACCCAGUUUCAUAGACCAAAACUGCAGAUGCAUCUGGACUGUCGAAAGUAUAGUUUAUGGAUAAACAUUUCAAUCAACUGUAGUUUAUUUUCACUGAAAUACAUUUUUAUUUUUUUUAUUUCCGUAAUUAUAAAUUCAUCUUACACAAGUUACUUGGGUAUUACUACUUUGUGUAGGUACGUUUCAUUUUAUUAUACACAACCGCAUAGCGGGCAGAUCUAUAGUACUCUUUUAAAACUACUAACAGUAGAGAUAGAGGAAAUCAUUGUAUUAGUAAUUGCUAUUUGGUAAUUGUUUGCAAUCACAUGAGUAACCUAUGCACUUUGAGAAUGUUUAGAGGAUUGUGGUAAAUGAAUAUCAAAACCAAAAAUAUAUUUAAUUCAUAAUUAUGUAUUUUCUCAUGAUAUUUUAAGAAUUAUAUAAAAAUAUUUGUAUUUUAUAUUAAUGAACCUUUCACUCUGCUGGUAUGUGAUUUAUUGAUUCUAUCUACUUGAAAAUGUAAUCUAUUUCUUAUUUGUUUACAUGUUAGAAUUUUCUGACUUUGAUAAUGCAACUCUGUAUCACUAGGACAGUAAAUAUACAUUAUUUUUGUUAUUUAUUCUUUGUUAAUUCUCCAUCCUAAGAGCUGAUUCCAUUGGUACAUCAAUGGAAUUGUGUGUUAUUAAAUAUAUUGUGUUAUUGAUUAGUGUCUUAUAUAAUCAUACAAAUGUCAUUUUAUGUAAUCGCAUCUUUGAACUCAACUAAAUCUCUCUGGUUUUUCAUAUAGUCAAUAAACCUACAAAAGUAAACAGUCAAGUCAAAGUGAUGAUUUGUUUUAUAAGUUUAAGAUUCAAAUAAGUGAGACUUUUAAAGUGUUGUGUAAAAAAUAAAGCCAUUUUGUUAGAAAGGAAAUAUUGUAUAACCAUUAUUUGUUGAGUGACAUUGAAAUCAAUCCAUGGGAUCAUUUAAUUUUAGGCUGUUUUAAUAAAUUUGAUUAAUUGUGAAAUAAAAUCAUGAUGGCGUGUUCAAUAUGAAUAGUAAACCAGGUUUAUUUGAAGUGUGCUUUGUAAUUGGAGUGGGUGAUUCAAGCCAUAGACUAUUGUUAAUCUAACUGUGCCUUCUGCUAAUGACACAGGGGAGAUGGUGAACUCACUGUCUGCGUCUUCAUCCAACAGUGCAAGUUUACUGAAUGGCUGCCUCUUGAGUUGGGUCAUGUUCAUUACGCACCAAACGGAAGAAAUGCAUGUUUUCCAUUACGGUUCCAAAAUGUUUUAUUACUGUGUGUUUAUAAUGAACACAACACUUCUAGACUGUUUGUCUUGCUCCAUCAUGCGCCAUGUCAUGUAGCUUAGCUUGGGAUGCCUCGGUUUCAAUUCUGAAUUUCUUCCUAAUACCAUCUCAUGUGCCUCAAGAUAGUAUUUGUGUAAGUUUGUUUGUACAUUGACAUACUCUGUCAUUGCUGAAGAAACUAGUGUAAUCUUAUAAAAUGAAGAAUGUUUAGGUGAGAUGUUUCCCUUUCCAUGCCCUAUGCAAUAGGAAUUAGUGUGGUUGCCUGGACAACAAACAAUGUCAUGAGACUGGAAUUAUAGCAAAUUUAAAUUAACCAUUAAAUACACUGAAAAUUGAUUGCUUAUUUGAACUGUUUUUCCUUUUCUGGCUAUGAAAAUGUAUUUCUCUGAAAACAUUUGUGUGAUGAAAAGCAUUUAAUUGCAGUGCAUUAAUGCUGCAAGAUAAUUUACAUUAUUUUCAACUGAUAUUGUAAACUAAUUUUCACAUUAAACCAUGACCAAUUGUUUAAUUUCAUAUUGAAUCGUGCAUUGUUAUGACUGAAUGUGUGUGCGUAUUUUGUGAAAUUCAAUGGUGCAUGGCCACACACUUCAGUUACAGCAGCCUAGGUAUAUUAUAAGCGCAACGUGUAAAGUGUUGCUUUCAUGAGCUGAAAUAAAAGAUCCCAGACAUUUUC